UCUAUGUCCCUAGCGUGAAGCGUCCAGGCGGCUUUGCUUCGUCGUCCUAGCUUCACCGGGAUAGACACUCAACUUGUCGUGCGCGAGCGUGAGUGACUAGAGUGAGGCAGACUCGUGCGUGAGUUCUUCUUGUCCUCCGUCGGCCGACGCAGGGGAGAACCCGCACAAGAACCAAUUAAAAUUGCCAAAGUAGUUUUAAUCUUAGCUGUGGAUUUGGCGUCUCAACUUAUGCUUCAUGUGUAUUUCUGUAGGUUCUAAAUCAACUUUAUUGUGGGUAGCUCUUGAAACGGUUGCAACAUGGAGUCCAACAAGGCAUCUUCUUCCAUGGAAGCUGAGGCCGUCCCAUCCGAACCCAAAGCUUUGCCACCAAAGCCUAAGUUUGAGCCUUUGAAACCUCAUGAGAUGUCUGAUGGUCGUGUUCAGUUCCGCAAAGUGUCUGUUCCGCAGCACCGUUAUACUCCUCUCAAGAAAGCUUGGAUGGAUAUAUAUACUCCAGUAUAUGAACAGAUGAAAAUUGACAUCCGUAUGAAUUUAAAGGCUCGGAAGGUAGAGUUGAAGACCAGACCAGAUACACCGGACAUUAGUAACCUGCAAAAGUGUGCUGACUUUGUACAUGCUUUCAUGCUGGGAUUUGAUGUCAUGGAUGCCAUUGCCCUUCUGCGGUUAGAUGAGCUCUAUGUUGAAUCUUUUGAGAUAAAGGAUGUUAAAACACUUAGAGGGGACCACCUGUCUCGUGCCAUAGGAAGAUUAUCUGGCAAAGGUGGUAAAACAAAGUUUGCAAUCGAGAAUGCUACAAAGACAAGGAUUGUGAUUGCUGAUACCAAAAUUCACAUCUUGGGAUCUUUUGCCAACAUUAAGAUAGCUCGAGAUUCUCUUUGUAGCCUAAUAUUGGGAUCACCAGCAGGGAAGGUAUAUUCAAAACUUAGAGCAGUGACUGUUAGACUGGCUGAAAGGUUUUGAUCUUCUUUUAGUCAAGACAAUAUUGGAUCUUUUUCUGUUCUAUUGUUAAUUUAUCAUUGAUAUAAACCAUGGUGACCGGUGAGGAUUAGUUAUUGGAAGGUGGCUGUGCAUCGAUAUAUCCUUCAUUCAGUUUUGGACGUCUCAGUUUCAGCUAUAUGUCAAGUAUACAUUAAAAAUAUGCUGCGGCAUUGCUGUUAGUUUUGCUUGUAAGCUUUUAUGUUUCUUUUCCAUUGGACUAGAUUAUUAGAAGCAUGAGAACGAACCUACAUAUAAGUGUUAUAAUGUAAAAUUAUACUAAAUUCUUUGCUUUGAUGA